AGCGGCUUCAAAGGAACAGAAAGACGGGAGCUGGGGAGGCUCUCUCGGCUCCACUUUCACUUUCGUUUCGAGCUCGUGUUUCUCAGAAGCGGCGGCCCUGACGCUGAAGCGAAUCCUACCUGUUCAAGGAAACUCUCCGAGGCGGGGCCAAGCUGCUAUAAAGACUAAGCAGUGUUUACCACGGGCUCACACACACGCGAUGCCGACGAUCUGACGAGCGCAGCCCCGCAGGUCGACUCGUUGAACACGUCCCGAGCUGUCAGGACGCGUCUGACGCAGCGUGCGGAGUUUUUCUCGGUUUUUUUUUUUUUGGACAUUGCAGGAUUAUCCAGAGAAAAAACAUCAUCGCUCCGUCUGCACCGUGGAGAUUACACGCAGACGGAUCUUUAACCUGGCGCCUCUGUUAGUACAAAACGGAUGUCAGUGUGGUGGUUAGAGAUGGGAGAGGGUCUGGGGCCGCUCUCCCCUGUAGGAUGGUAGCCGAUAGCACAGUGGAAGGCCAUGACAAGACUCGCUUGUCAAGCUCAUCGUCGUCCUCAUCCUCAUCCUCAUCCUCAUCCUCAUCAUCUUCCUCCUCCUCAUCCUUGUCCUCGUCAUCUUCCCUGUCCUCAUCCUCUUCGCCGGCCAGGCACGAGCUCGAGUCGGAGCAGCUUCAGCGCCGGGCCUCUCCAGACAGGAGCCCCAGAACGCCGUCCGUCCCCUCUGUGUACCUGACCCACUUCCCCACCUUCUCCUCCCAGGAGGACUGCAACAUCAUCACCGACACCGCGGCAAAGCUCGAGCGCAGCAGCUUCUACUGGGGUCCUCUGGGAGUGGAGGACGCGCACCGCAUGCUGCGGGACGCUCCCCUGGGAAGCUUCCUCAUCCGCGACAGCCGGCAGAAGGACGUCUUCUUCACGCUGUCCUACCACGCCAAGAGCGGGCCAGUGAGCGUGCGCAUCACCUACAGCCGCCAGAGGUUCUCGCUGGCGGGCAACGAGCGCUCCUUCCCGACGCUCUUCGCCCUCUUGGAGUAUUACAUAAAUUCUCCCAAGAAGAGCCUGAGCAGCCCGUACAGGAAAUGGCAGCCGACGCUGCAGGAGCUGUGCAGGAAGCGCGUCAUGGAGCUGUGCGGCGAACAGACCCGGGUUCCGGAGCUGCCUAUCACCCAUGUGGCCCAGGACUACCUGUUGGAAUUCCCUUACAAACUAUAGCAAACUUGAAUUACAAAGUUCUGAUAGUAUUAUUUUUAAUUUCUCGAAGGCAGCUUUUACCGGACUGUUUCGUAAAGCCCGACAAUCACGUCUUGGACGUUAAGACGACGUCGCCGUGGUUACAGAUGAAGGCAGCUCCCUGUU